AUGCAACCGGGCAGGUACACCGUGGAGUCGGAGACAAGUACUUCGAAGAUAUCGAUAGAGGAGAAGUGGAGAACUUCAUUCAAAAAAGAAGGUGGCAAUAUAAGCACCAUGUCAACUGAUGAGAAUAUCGAGAUAUGGAAGAUGAAGAAGCUUAUAAAGGCACUUGAAGAUGCUAGAGGCAACGGAAGCAGCAUGAUUUCUCUGAUAAUCCCUCCACGUGAUCAAAUUUCACGAGUCACCAAGAUGCUUGCUGAUGAAUUUGGAACUGCUUCCAACAUUAAGAGCAGGGUGAAUCGUCAGUCUGUUUUAGGUGCUAUAACAUCUGCCCAACAGAGGCUCAAGCUCUACAACAAGGUACCUCCAAAUGGACUUGUUCUAUACACAGGAACAAUACUAACAAAUGAUGGAAAAGAGAAAAAGGUUACAUUCGACUUUGAACCUUUCAGACCAAUAAACGUAUCUCUUUACCUUUGUGAUAACAAGUUCCACACAGAAGCUCUUAACGAAAUGUUGGAAUCUGAUGACACGGAGGUUCUACACAAAUUUCCUGUUGAUUUGCCAAAGAAACAUGGAAGAGGAGGGCAAUCAGCUUUGAGAUUUGAUCGUAUUCGUAUGGAGAAACGUCACAACUAUUUAAGGAAAACAGCAGAGCUUGCAACAAAGUUUUAUAUCAAUCCUGCUACUAAUCAGCCUAAUGUUUCUGGACUUAUACUUGCUGGAUGCGCUGAUUUCAAGAAUGACCUCGGUCAAUCUGAUAUGUUUGACCCGCGUCUUCAGGCCAAAAUCUUGAAUGUGGUUGAUGUCUCUUAUGGAGGUGAAGAUGGGUUCAAUCAGUCUAUUAAGUUGUCUUAUGAUAUUCUUGCAAAUGUCAAGUUCAUACAGGAGAAGCAUUUAAUCGGGAAGUAUUUUGAGGAGAUCAAACAGGAUGGAGGGAAGUAUGUCAUGGGUGCUUAUGACACUUUGGAAGCUUUAGACAUGGGUGCUGUGGAGACACUCAUUGUUUGUGAAAAUCUGGAGAUUAAUCGAUAUGUUCUUAAAAACGGUGUUUCGGGUGAAAUUAUUGUUAAGCAUUUAAACAAGGAACAGGAGACUGAUGAAAGUAAUUUUCGGGAUUUGGUCAGCAAUGUUGAACUUGAAGUUGAGGAAAAGAUGUCUCUUCUUGAGUGGUUUGCUAAUGAGUACAAAAGAUUUGGAUGCAAGCUUGAGUUCGUCACAAAUAGAACUCAUGAGGGAUUUAACUUUUGUAAAGGCCUUGGUGGGAUUGGUGGUAUUCUUCGUUACCAGAUUGAUAUUCACCCAUUUGAUGAGUUGUCUGAUUACGAUGGAGAAAAUAAUGAUAUUGAAAUUUCUGAUGAUGAGGAAAGUUAUGAAACUGAAAACCAUGCGCCUUGCAUAUUUCCUCCUUCAAGGAAUUCUUACAAAGGCAAUUUAAGUAGGACGGAAGUUGAUGUUGAUGAAACUGCUAAGAACACAAAAUAUGUUGAUGGGCCCACCUGUCUUCAGUCAAAGAAAAACGUGAAUGUUGUUGAUGGGGGAAAUCCUAAUACAAAAUCAACCACUUGUCAGGUGACGGCACAUGAGUUUCAAGCAUCAUUAUUGCCUAGCUGUUCAAGGAAACCAUGGUUACCGAGUUAGAACAAGCUAGAUGUAAGAGAGAUCGUGCCCCGGUUCCCUCCUUGAAGACGUUGCAUGAGAGUAUUUUUGUGUUGCCCCGAUAAAAAGAUCCUAAGGAAUACGAACAUCUAUGUGCAUUGACAUUGAUUAAUAUGCAUUUAAGUUUUUUGAGACUCCAUGUUAACUUGAGAUUUUCGUUGGUGCUUUUAGACUUUAUGUUACCUUUUUAUGUUAGUUGGAUAUCAGUUGUCAUAGCUUCUCAGCAUGUUUUAUUUCAUUUGAUCAUUUACCAAAGGAUUAUUUAUGUUGGUAUUUUUUUUUUUUAAACAUUUAUUAUGUUUCUCCUAAUUAUACUCAUCUUAUUGAUUUUAAAGUUUAAGAAAUCUGAU